AUGAAAGGAAGUUCAAUUCAGAGUGGAAAUUCUUCUACCAAUACUGCUUCUGGUAGCUUAGAAAAUAACUUUCCUGUUUCAUAUAAAAUGAUUCUGUAUGAAAAUGUGUCCAACAAUCGUAUCCUUCUCAAAUUAGAAGAGGAUGGAUUCAUUACUCCAGACGACAAAGUAGAAGAACUUUUAAAAAAUCUAACUAAACCAAGUUAUUUGUAUGCACUUAAAUUACUUUUUGAAAAUUUACAAAAUGAGUUUUCGUCUCAAGUUUUAGAAAAUUCAUUAGAAGCUUUAGUUGAUACUUCUUUUAAACAUUAUUCAAAAGGAAUACUUAGUAAAGAACUUCGAGAUAAAGUUUAUAAUUCUUUAGCAAUGUUUGCAGAAAUUCAUCGUAAAACAACUCAGGUUAUCGAAAUAGGACUUGAUAAUAAUUUUAGUACAAAUUUUAAUCAAUUCAAUCAACAAAAUAAUGAUCAAAUUGCAAUUAAAAAGCGUAAUUAUAAUAUUGAUUUUUUAUUAAUCCAUUUACGAGAUACUCUUCAUAGUUUACGUGAUGAUGAAACUUGGUUUCAAGAAAUUAUACGAAGGACUAAAGAUUUUCUUAAAACUGCAUUAAAUAUUACACCAGGAAUUUUAUCAAUAGCAGGAGUCUCUUCCAAAUGA